CCGCCGCCGCCGCCCUCUCGGCUCCCAGGGGCGCGGAGGUGGUCUCCCUUCGCGCUUCGGGCCACGCGCGGUUUCCCGCUCCGAGAUUGCCGCGGGGCUGUCGGAGGCCCCGGACGGUGCUGGGGCGCAGCCGGCGCCGCCCUCCGCGCUCCCUACCAGUAGGCCGAUUCGGGUGGUCGCAUCCGGUGGGGAAAUGGUCGUGCUUUCGGUGCCCGCCGAAGUCACUGUGAUCCUGUUAGAUAUCGAAGGUACCACAACCCCGAUUGCUUUCGUGAAGGACAUUUUAUUUCCUUACAUCAAAGAAAAUGUUAAAGAGUAUCUGCAGACACAUUGGGAAGAAGAGGAGUGCCAGGAGGAUGUCGGUCUUUUGAGGAGACAGGCUGAAGAGGACUCCCACCUGGAAGGGGCUGUCCCAAUCCCUGCUGUGUCUGACAAUGGGGCGGCUGACCUGCAACAGGUGAUCCAGGCCGUGGUGGAUAAUGUGUGCUGGCAGAUGUCUCUGGACCGAAAGACCACGGCGCUGAAGCAGCUGCAGGGCCACAUAUGGAGGGCAGCGUUCACAGCGGGGCGCAUGAAGGCAGAGUUCUUUGAAGAUGUAGUUCCAGCCGUCAGGAAAUGGAGAGAGGCCGGAAUGAAGGUGUAUAUCUAUUCUUCAGGGAGUGUAGAGGCACAGAAACUCUUAUUUGGGCAUUCUACAGAGGGAGAUAUUCUUGAGCUUUUUGAUGGUCACUUUGAUACCAAGAUUGGACACAAAGUGGAGAGUGAGAGUUAUCGAAAGAUUGCAGACAGCAUUGGGUGCUCGACCAACAACAUCUUGUUUCUGACAGACGUAACUCUAGAGGCCAGUGCUGCGGAGGAAGCGGAUGUGCACGUAGCCGUGGUGGUGAGACCUGGUAACGCGGGCUUAACGGAUGAUGAGAAGACCUACUACAGCCUCAUCACCUCCUUCAGCGAACUGGACCUGCCUGCCUCACCCUAGGCGCUUCAAAGGACCUCAGAGGAAGACCAGACUGUCUCCACAGAGUUGUCCCUGUAGUCUAGUUUUAUUCUAAUGGUGAAAGUAACUUACUUAAAGAAAUACAUAG